AUGGCUGACCAGAAGUAUCCCGAGGUUGACCUCGUCACCAGAAUGCAGGUUGACUCUGCUGUAGUCGGCAACACCGAGAUCGACGAGUCUCUGUACAGCCGACAGCUCUACGUGCUAGGCCAUGAGGCUAUGAAGCGCAUGGGCGCCUCCAACGUCCUCAUCAUCGGUCUCAAGGGCCUGGGUGUCGAGAUCGCCAAGAACAUCGCGCUGGCUGGUGUAAAGAGUCUGAGCCUUUACGAUCCCGGCCAGGUUGCCCUUCCCGACCUGUCCUCCCAGUUCUUCCUCCGCCCAGAUGACGUCGGCAAGCCCAGAGACGAGGUCACCGCUCCUCGUGUUGCCGAGCUCAACGUCUACACGCCUGUCCACAUCCACAAGUCAGAGGGGCUGGCGGAAAACCUAUCUCAGUUCGACAAGUACCAGGUUGUUGUCCUGACGAGCCUGCCCUUGAAGCUCCAGGGCAUUAUUGGUGAUUACUGCCACUCCAAGGGAAUCUACGUGGUUGCCGCCGACACUUUUGGUCUUUUUGGCUCCAUCUUCUGCGAUUUUGGCGAAAAGUUCACCGUCAUUGACCCAACUGGCGAGACCCCCCUUUCCGGCAUUAUCGCUGGUAUUGACGAGGAGGGCCUUGUAUCUGCGCUCGACGAGACACGUCACGGCCUCGAAGACGGUGACCAUGUGACUUUCACGGAGGUGGAGGGCAUGGAGGGCGUGAACGGCUGCGCGCCCCGCAAGAUCACUGUCAAAGGACCAUACACCUUCUCCAUCGGCGAUGUCACAGGCCUGGGCCAGUACAGGCGGGGAGGCCUUUACCAGCAGGUCAAGAUGCCCAAGAUCAUCGACUUCAAAAGCUUCACUCCUGCUCUGGCGGACCCAGAGUUUGUUGUCUCCGACUUCGCCAAGUUCGACCGUCCGCAGCAACUGCAUCUCGCAUUCCAGGCCCUGCAUGCCUUUGCCGAAAGCCAGGGCCGUUUCCCCCGACCCAUGGAUGACGAGGAUGCCACUGUGAUCCUCCGCUCCGCCGAGGCGUUUGCCAAGGCCCAGGGCCUUGAGGUACAGUUCGACGAGAAGGUGAUCAAGGAGCUCAGCUACCAGGCGCUGGGUGAUCUGAACCCCAUGGCUGCCUUCUUUGGUGGCAUCGCUGCGCAGGAAAUCCUGAAGGCUGUGUCCGGAAAGUUCCAACCCGUCAGCCAGUGGAUGUACUUUGACUCUCUCGAGUCGCUUCCUUCCAACUCUGCUCGUUCGGCCGAGCUCUGCAAGCCCCUCGGUUCGAGAUAUGACGGUCAAGUCGUUGUGUUCGGCAGGGAGUACCAGGAGAAGCUGUCGAAUAUAAAGCAGUUCCUUGUUGGCGCCGGUGCCAUUGGUUGCGAGAUGUUGAAGAACUGGGCUAUGAUUGGCCUCGGAACUGGUCCCAAGGGCAAGAUCAUUGUCACAGACAUGGAUUCAAUCGAAAAGAGCAACCUCAACCGCCAAUUCCUCUUCCGUGCGCCUGAUGUAGGCAAAAUGAAGAGCGACUGUGCCGCGGCUGCUGCUCAGGCCAUGAACCCGGACCUCGCUGGACACAUCCAGUCGCUCAAGGACCGUGUUAGCCCCGAGACGGAGGAGACGUUCAACGAAACCUUCUGGCAGAACCUCGAUGGCGUGACAAACGCUCUGGACAACGUCGAGGCCAGGACGUACGUCGACCGUCGCUGCGUCUUCUUCCGCAAGCCUCUGCUUGAGAGCGGUACUCUGGGUACCAAGGGCAACACCCAAGUGGUUCUGCCUCACCUGACAGAGUCGUACUCGUCCUCACAGGACCCCCCCGAGAAGGAGUUCCCCAUGUGCACGGUGCGCAGUUUCCCCAACAAGAUCGACCACACAAUUGCAUGGGCCAAGGAGUACAUGUUCGAGAACCUCUUCAUCGCUUCCCCAUCGACAGUCAACCUGUAUCUUACCCAGCCGGGCUACAUCGACAGCAUGCUCAAGCAGGGUGGUAACCAGAAGAUGACCUUGGAGACUCUGCGUGACUACCUGACUACAGACCGUCCCCGCACCUUCGAGGACUGCAUUGCGUGGGCCCGCCUACUGUUUGAGCGGGAGUUCAACAACAAGAUUCAGCAGCUUCUUUACAACUUUCCUAAGGACUCGGAGACGUCAAGCGGCACCCCAUUCUGGUCGGGGCCGAAGCGUGCGCCUGAUGCGCUCAAGUUUGAUGCCAGUGACCCCAUGCACUUUGGCUUCAUCGUGUCAGCGGCCAACCUGCACGCGUUCAACUACAACAUCAAGUCUCCCGGCCUCGACAAGGACAUCUACCUGCGCGAGCUGGAGAAUGUGAUCGUGCCCGACUUUGCCCCUGCCGAGGGGGUCAAGAUCCAGGCCAACGACGCUGAUGCGGACCCCAAUGCUGAGGCAGCCGGCAGCUCUUUCGACGACAAUGACGAGCUGCAGCAAAUCAUUUCGGGCCUGCCGUCACCCGGCGAGCUUGCAGGGUUCCAGCUGACGCCCGUGGAGUUUGAAAAGGAUGAUGACACGAACCACCACAUUGACUUUAUCACGGCGUGCAGCAACCUGCGUGCGGCCAACUACAAGAUUGAGCAGGCCGACCGUCACAAGACCAAGUUUAUUGCGGGCAAGAUCAUCCCAGCAAUCGCGACGACGACGGCACUCGUCACAGGCCUCGUGGUGCUGGAGCUCUACAAGGUGCUCGACGGCAAGACGGACCUGGAGCAGUACAAGAACGGCUUCAUCAACCUGGCGUUGCCCUUCUUUGGCUUCAGCGAACCGAUUGCGAGCCCCAAGGUCGAGUACAAGGGUCCCGACGGAAAGGUGACGCUCGACAAGAUCUGGGACCGGUUCGAGGUGGCCGACAUUACGUUGAAGGAGCUCCUGGACCACUUUGAGAAGCAAGGUCUCAGCAUCUCCAUGCUGAGCUCGGGCGUCAGCCUGCUGUACGCGAGCUUCUUCCCUCCGGCGAAGCUCAAGGAGCGUCACCCGCUCAGGCUCAGCCAGCUCGUAGAGCUCAUCUCGAAAAAGCCGAUUCCUGCGCAUCAGAAGGAGGUCAUUUUCGAGAUUGUAGCGGAGGAUCUGGACGAGGAGGACGUUGAGGUUCCUUACAUCAAGAUGCGGAGGGAUUAA